AUGAAUAAGAGAUUUUGGGAGGCGAUAUGUGAAGACCAUUGCAUCAACGAUGUCGGACGCUUCGAGGGCAUGGCUUAUGAGGAAGAAGAUCGACUAGCGAAAAUACAAACCUAUUUCCAAGAAGGAGAGUGGGAAGGCGGAAGUUCGGGAGUGUGGGCGAAGGCAUACUAUGAGAAGGAGAGUCGAAUGAGCGAAACCGUCCUCGAGUAUGUGCGUAAGAUUGCAGAGAAAUGCGACAGGCUGCAGAUGGGUUUCAGCCUAAUGCAUGCUUCUUGGCGGAGCACGGGAGCUGGUAUGGGAUCUCGCGCUCUGAAGAAACUAAAAGAUGAAUAUCCGAAGCAGAUAAACAUGACAUCAUCAGUAUUUCCUUCGCAAAGGAUUUCCGAAACCCGAGGACCGUCAUCGAGCUUAUACAACACGGUUCUAUCGCUGCGCCACCUGACGGAGUUUUCGACUUCACGGUUGUGUCUGGACAACGAGUCGCUGUAUUCUGGUCGCAAUGCGAAUGCUGGGCGUGGAAACGCCUUCCUUACAAGGAUUCUCAAUCAACUCACGAAGCAAGCGUGCUGUCCGACACGACCUCCUACUUGA